AAGAAACUUCCAUAAAAAAAAAAAAAAUUCCAUCGCAAGAGCCCUAGUUUCCUUCUCACUCCCAAAACUGAUGCCCCUCUCUAAUUAAAAACAGUAACGAGGGAUUUAGAAUCGCGCCUCUGGAAAUGUCAGCUGCAAAUGAUGGGUCUUCUUCUCCUCGGUCUCAGUUAGCCUCCAAUGUUUUCGGGGAGUUACUCGAUUCCAUUAUUGUGGAUAUGGCAUCGGAGUGUCACAGGAUAGCAAGGCUAGGCCUGGACCAUUGUCUUGAUAAUGAAGAGGAGGAGAUGAGGCUGUCCAUGGAAGCACGGGCAGCAGAUCCAAGUAGUAGUGAAGCAAGUAGCAAGAAUGUGGAAGAUAUAUUUGGUCAGACUCACCCUGCCAUUGCCAGUGAGAUUUUUGAUUGCAUGAAUUGUGGGCGGCCAAUUGUGGCUGGGAGGUUUGCUCCGCACUUAGAGAAGUGCAUGGGCAAGGGUCGAAAGGCUCGUCAGAAGACUACGAGGAGCACAACUAUGGCGCAGACCAGAAACUCUCGUGCCAGUCCUGUAUCAGUCUAUGCUCCCUAUUCAAAUACAACCGCUACAACUAGAACUCGCAAUGGCUCCAGCAGUUCUGCUGCAGAGUAUGCUAACAACUACACAUUUGAUGGCCCCUAAGAUCUCCUGUCUAUUAUUACUUGCAGUGUAGUAUGGCCAACUUUCUUCGCCUGUAAAUUCUUUUUGGCGCCAUGUUAAAGUUAUAUCAGCUUCUUGAGAUUUUUAACAGGGGAAGUAAAAUAUGUUCAAUGUGGUCAUUGGGUGAGUAAAUAGACAUUUUCUACUGCAUUGUCUUCUGAUGAGGUCUUGUUCUUGAAAAUGUCCUGAAAACAGCAAAAGGACGAAAUGUUUAAUGGGCCCAUAAGAUUUUUGACA